AUGGUGGCUAGCCCGCGCGAUCAGAGCACCUCUUUGACCUGGGAUCGCGACGACUGGACGGUACCGGCGACGACUGAGGAAUUCCUCGACGACUUCAAGGGAUGGUAUCCUCCCCUGUUGAAGAUUUUUGCCGAACACCGCUCCCCUUACAAAUGGGCUCUCUUCGCGAUGCCCCACGACCGCCCGUACUACAGGGGUCGGGUUUGCCUACUCGGUGAUAGUGCGCAUGCGACAACCCCUCAUAUCGGAGCGGGUGCGGGUAUGGCCAUGGAAGAUGCAUACAUGUUGAGCAGUUUGAUUGCCUCUGUAGCCGACGUGAGUGAAAUCGAGCAUGCCUUCCAGGCAUACGACGCCAGUCGGAGACCGCGCACGCAAAAAUGCAUCCAGCAAAGCUUCAGAAUCUUCCAGGCGUACAGCCUCAGUAUGCCCGGUGUGGGCGAUGAUACCAAGGCGAUGAAAGAACGGCUCGAAGAAGCCUACCGGUGGUUAUGGCAUGAGGAUCUAGAGGCGCAGAUGGAGAAGGCGAAAGAACAGCUCCGGACUCGCAUCGGGUGA